UUCGUUUGGUCUGUUGAUACUUUACAGUUUACUACACGCCCACAUCAUACAUGAUCUGGUGGCAGCGUACAGACCAAGAAAGCUAUUAAUUGUGAUUAAUGUAAACGUUUCUUUCCGUGUGUAUAAAAUAACUUGGUAAAAUGAAUACAACUAGGGAAACGCAACUUGACUUGAUGAGAGCAGAAAAUAGAGAAGGCAACGAUGAUUGUGGAAGUGAAAACGACGAUCUUGAAGUGGUCACUAUACAAAUACCUGGUCCGGACAGUCAGAGACGAGCGGCGUGGGGAAACAAAAUGCAGUUUUUUUGUGCUCUCGUCUCUUACGCAAUUGGACUGGCAAACAUAUGGAGAUUUCCGUAUCUUUGUCAACAAAAUGGAGGAGGUGCCUUCAUAAUACCAUACAUUAUCAUGUUGGGUUUAGAGGGAAUUCCACUCUUUUACCUCGAGCUUGGAAUAGGACAGAAGCUGCGCAAAGGCAGUAUAGGAGUGUGGAAUGAAAUCCAUCCAUUUCUAGGAGGUGUUGGAAUCUCAAGUUCCAUCUUAGGAUUUAUCCUUGGUGUUUACUACAACGUGAUCAUAACUUGGUGUCUGUAUUACCUGUUUAGCUCAUUCCAAAAACGGCUGCCAUGGGCAGAGUGCCCCGUUGACAGUAGUAACAAUAACACAGUUGUGCACGAGUGCCAUAUCAGCUCAGCAACGUCGUACUAUUGGUACCGAGAUGCAUUGAACAUAUCGCCGAGUAUUGAAGAAUUUGGUGGAAUACAGUGGAAGAUGGCUGGAUGCCUAUGUCUAGCCUGGAUUAUUGUUUUUUUCUGCAUAAUGAAGGGGAUAAAGUCAUCAGGCAGGGUAAUGUACUUCACUGCUACGUUUCCGUACAUGGUCCUGAUCAUAUUCUGUGGCCGUGCCCUCACCUUACCUGGAGCAGGAAUCGGACUAUCCUACAUGUUCACACCGGAUAUAAAGAAACUGCAAGAUCCGAAGGUGUGGCUGGACGCUGCCACCCAGAUCUUCUACUCGUUAGGUCUAGGCUUCGGCUCCCUGAUUGCGUUUGCCAGCUACAACCCGCCGACGAGUAACUGCCGGCGCGACGCCAUUUUAGUGUCCAUCAUCAACUGCGGGACCUCGCUGUUCGCUAGCAUAGUCGUCUUUGCUAUUCUCGGCUUCAAGGCGCUCAGUAUGCACACGACCUGCCUGCAAGAUGCGGCAACUAAAAUAGCAACUGCAAUUCCCGAGUUCAACACGACGAUGGUAACAAAUGAGCAGGAGCUGUCUCAUUUUCUACACCUGUACAAUGAGAGUAUCCAUCACCUGGGCAUCCGCAACUGUACCCUGCAUGAUGAGCUGAGCCAGUCAGCUCAGGGUACUGGUCUCGCAUUCAUCAUAUUUGCACAAGCAAUAAUCGAGCUCCCUGCUGCCCCCUUGUGGAGCGUCCUCUUCUUCAUGAUGCUUUUGUCACUUGGUCUUGGCACGAUGAUUGGAACACUAGAAGGCGUUCUGACAGCUAUCCACGAUAUGAACUUAUUUAUAUGGAUGAAGAAAUGGAUGCUAGCCGCUGUCGUGUGUAGUACGGCACUGUUAGUUGGCAUGAUCUUCGUGACGUGUGCGGGAGAGUACUGGGUCGGGCUGUUCGACACGUUCAGCGCAUCAUUCGGGCUGUCUGUUGUCGCAUUCAUGGAGAUGAUCGGGGUUAUCUACAUAUACGGAUGGAAACGGUUUUCUGACGAUCUUGAGGAAAUGACAGGGAUCAGGCCUGGCAUAUUCUGGCAGGCCACCUGGCGGUUUGUCAGCCCAGUAAUCAUCCUGGUUGUUGUCGUAGCCAGCAUAGUCAGCUCUGCACUGAAGCCAUUUUCCUACAGUACCUACAAUAAAGAACUUGCGGUAGUGCAGUCUCAGCCGUACCCGAGGUGGGCGAUGGUGAUCGCCGCCUGCAUCGCGCUCUCCACCUGCCUGCCGAUCCCAGUGGUCGCGCUGCUGCGCUACUUCAAGAUCGUCAAGGUGGAGGCGAACAUCCCGGCGAGCGUGAAGCGGCUGAACACGACGCCGUCGACGGUGGCGAUGAUGCGGCAGAACACGGCGGGCAGCGACGACAUGAACGAGUACUGCGACGAGGCGAACACCGACUACCGCACAGAGCCGCACAACUCGUAGGGCCUGAGGACAUGUUUUCCGUGGAGGCUGCAGGUGCGGUGACGUGCAGGUGGAGUCGUACAUUGAAAACGAGCAGCACCUCAUGCACAGCGAUCACCGAUCAUCCGUAUGUCACACGUGAGAAGUCGUGGUGAAAUUUCUGUUUAAAAAAUGAACUUGUUUUUGCUCCUAUCGAGUUUAGGCUGUAAAGAAACUAGCGUAUUUUUCUAAAUUAUAAUUCACGCAUCUGGUUUUCAAUUCUGCUGAACAUUGAGAUGGAAAUUGUCAGAGCGGUUUGUGUUCUGAAAGUAAUGCCUGUGGUCGGUGGUUUAGAAUCUUUGUGGUGGGUGGUCUGAACUUGUGUGGUUGCAUUGUGUGUUUUCGUCAACACUGAUGCACAUGUCUACUGGGCCCCCAUUACUGGAUUCAUCAUUCUCUAGCAUUAGUGUGCAGAUCUAGGCAGGGGGUGCUCUAACCUGAUUUCAGGGUGGGCUUAUCACUUGUCACGUGCUGCUCUCUUCUCAUACGAGGCUGCCCAAGAGCUAUGCCUGGUCCCGGUAUCAGACAGAUUUUGUUUGUUAGGCGACUAGUGAUUAGUGUUAAGUGUUAGGAUAGCCAUACCUUCGCAGGACCCAAGGUGGAUGUUCUGUAAUCCUGGUGGAGUAAUCAUAAUGCAGAGAAAUAUUGCUAUCUGUCCUGUUGCAGAGGUUUAAACGAAAAAUAGAACCUAUCGUGAUCUUGAGCAAGAAGGCAUGCUGCACAUGCAGCCAGUGUAGCAGAGUAGAAGACGGGCGGACAUAGUGAGUGACGAUGGGUUAGAGGGUCACCCUCAUCAGGUGUGGACCAGUGUACAAGUGUACAGUUAAUGAGAGUGACAAGGAAUGUUUCUCUAUGAAACGCAGGCAGUUUUCGGGCACUACUCUACGUUUACCUUCAUACGCGUUUGCCAUGCGUGAUCUAUCUGGCUUUCAGCAGCGUUCCCAUGAAUACGUAUGCGUACUCAGUACUGGUCACCCCCCCACGUCGACCAUAUCAGAGAAUGAAACGUUACUAAAUAAAAGAUCCAUGUACAAACAGUGUGUCAAACUGCAUGCAGUGCCCCUUCGCACACUCAAUAUACCACUGCCACAAUGCUAGCACUAUUUUUAAAGUG